AUGGCAUACAAAUCUCUAGACGUAUCAAAAUAUUUCUCGCUAAAACUUUUCUUUCUUUAGAUAUAAAAAUAAUUUAACAUAUAUUUGUAAACAGCAACUUUAAGUAUGUCACAAGAUGAAGAUGUUGUAACAAGUCUGACAAAGGGGUGUUUUUUAUUUAAACCAAAAGAUGCACCGGUUCCUAAAAAACGUCGGAAGAAAGAAAAACAAGAUUUCCAGGAGCUGUCUUCAGAAGACUUCUUUUUCAAAUUCAAAGAAGAAAGCAAACAAAACCAUUCUGAUAGAUAUAUUACCUUUCAAAACUGUUGGAAUGAUUUAGAAGUUCAAAUAGAGAGUGUACAACAUGAACUGAAUGAAAAGUUAUUCGACGAUUUGCUGGUCUUCGUAAGCAACUCCUAUUCCAGACAGCAUCUUCAGUUUCCAGUUGCAGAAAUACCCACAGCAGCUUUAUUUACUGGAGUGAACUUACCAGACCACAAUCUUGUUUUUUCUCGAUUCGUAAGCAAAUUGCAACGCCUGUUGACACCACACGUGGCGCAACUUCAAUCUAAAGAUUGCAUAAAUUUGAGAUCUAUGUUAAAAUCAGCAUUCGAAGCAAUCGUAAAUUCAUCUGCUGAAGAGGAAAUAAACGAAUCUGAAGAAGAAACCGGAGAAGAUUGUGAUCUUAACAAAUCUCUUCAAAAGAAUCCAAAAUCAAAAAUAUUUAAAGACUACACUUUCAUAGAAUUAUUUGAGUGGUAUAAGGAGAAAUGUCAAUUGAGCCUGUCCGGAAUAAUCAACAAUGACAAGUCCAUGGAUAUUGUGGUUGAAACUUCUCAAGACAGCCCUCAAGCUGAUUUUAUCGGAUCUCGCCCGUUAGUGUUUAUUUUAGAAGAUUUCGAAAGGUUCUCCCCCAAUGUGUUGCAGGAUUUUAUCUUGAUCUGUAGUGAAUACGUUCCAAGUCUACCAAUUAUCUUGCUGUUCGGUGUGGCCACCACAUUAUCGGCUGUACAUCGUUCGUUACCCCACUUUGUUUCGUCGAGACUGUGCAUCGAAAAAUUUCAAGCUCUCCCUUCACUAGUGUGUUUAACUGAAGUCGUUGAUAAGGUUCUUAUUACCAAUACCAACGCUUUUAAACUUGGUCCAAAGGUCUUCAGACUGUUAUAUGAACAUUUUUUAUAUCACGACUUCUCCAUAAAUAACUUCAUUCGAGCAUUAAAGUUCUCCGUGAUGGAGCAUUUUUAUGGCAACGUGUUCAGUAUAAUAUGUACAACAGAAAAUGAAAUUAUUGAAGAUUAUGUUUUAGCCAUGGAUGCUAAGAAAUUAGAUAGUUUAAAAGAAUUAGAAUCCUUUGCCAGUUAUUUAGAUAAAAAGUCUGAAAGUGAGCAAAAAAAGCUGGAAAACGAUAAACAGUAUAUGAAAGAAACCAUUCUUCAGCUAAUAACAGAGUUACAACUCCAGGAGCAAGUUUUUUACCCAAAUGUGAAAUGUAUCCAUAUUGUUGCGUCAAAAUUGCCUGGUCAUCCAAUGGGCAAAAGACUUCGAGAUACAUACGAAUAUUGUACAAUCAGCCCAGACAUAACGAAAGACAAACAAUACAAAAAUGCUAUGUCUCUGACGAGGUUUUUAUCUCGCGAUGAGUUGCUUCCAAUACUUCAAAACUGCCAAAAUGUGUUGCAAGCUGCUAUAUUGGAUAAUAAAAAUUGCCACACCUUCCAACAACAUGUCGAUGCUUUUCAAACCUUUACAAAAAGGUUUGAAGAUUUAGAGAAUACAGCUGUUUAUGAAGAUGAAAAAGCGACCAAGGAACCAGUUAAACCAACCAAAGUUUUUAAAAACAGAUACGAGUUUCAAGAGAAAUUGAAAAAAGCUGUGAAAGAAAAAAAGAAAGAAAGUCCUUACGAGAAGUUACGAAAUGAUAUUAUCGAUGAGUUCGAUUGCAUGUUCAAAAAAUUUUUUCGUUCACCUUUGUCCAUGCCAUUCCAUGAAAUCUUUUAUUUUAACGACAUGCAGUUGGUAAAACAACGUAUAAAUGGAACACCUCGAGGAGCCAUUCAAAAAGCCUUAUCCAAUCCCAACUUUUAUUUACGGUGUACUUGCUGUCCACCUGAAAAAGGAGACAUACAACCUACGAUGCCAGACGUUUGCAUAUUAUAUAAACUUCAUUUGGAAGGAGGAAAACUUAUCAACCUCUAUGAUUGGCUGCAGGCUUUUAUGACCGUUAUCGAUCCGUCUCUUUCUGACACAAGCAAGAAAAAAAGCCAGAAAAAGAAAAAGCUAGAAGAACAGUUGCAGGCUCGGUUCAUACGUGGUGUAUCUGAGCUACAAUUCUUAGGUUUCAUCAAAGCUACUAAACGCAAGACAGACCACGUUGCGCGUUUAACAUGGGGAGGAUGCUGAUUCAGAUGCAGAAACGACGCCAUUAUGGUCAGCUGUUUAGAACACAUACUGUAAAUACUUCUUGAAAAGACACGCUAAAUAUU